CUCAGAAAAAACAGAAGAGUCGGGCAUGUCCUCAAAAAUGAGCUCCUUGGAAUCACCGGUUUCGUUCGAGCAACAAAUUAAAGUUUUACUCCUUGGAGAAGAUCCGACAAAAGCUGUGGACCUCGCCACCAAUGAAAAUCACCUCCAACUACUCAAGGACUCUUCCUGGAAUAUUGUUCAAAUUAUUUCCCCACAUUUAACCAUCGAGAAUGCCGAAGGAAAUGUUCGACUUUUCAAAACCUGCGAGAAUCUUCUCCAAAUUAUCGCCGAAAAAUGUCAGCCUUCCGAAAUUGUUUUGGAAUUACUGGAACAAAUGGAUAAUUUUGAAAAUGAUGUGAAAUUUUGUGCUCUCCUCUCACCCUUGAAAGUGAGUUUAAACCGAAUGGAUGACAAGAGCAGAGCAUUCGACUGGUGUGUCAAUACCAUAAAAUCCUACCUCGAAUCAAUUCCCUGCGACAAAUCCAGAAUCAUUGAUCUUUACAAAGAAAUCAUGGAAUUUUUGAAACCUCUUAUUGCGGAAGCAUCUCUUGGUAAAGAAAGUAAUAUUCGUGAUCUUUUGCUCAGUCUGCUCAUCUCAAUUCUCGGCAAGCCCUUCUGCUUUCUCGAAAAAGAAUCGAUUUCGGAAUCGAUAAUAAACAGCAUUUGUCAAUUAACCGGAGACUGUUUUCGAUUUCUGACAAUUAUUGCGGAACGCGAGAAACGUCGAAAAAAAUCGCCCGAAGCCUCGAAUCUUUUCGAAUCAACUUGGCAAAUUUCGGAUCUCUCUUAUGCGAAUUUUUAUUAUCUCGUGAUAAUCUCUUUUCCGGAAAAAGUUCCACAGAUUUACGAUUCUGAAUUUAUUCUUCACAACUGUUUUUUCAUUGCCUGCACUUUUCUGCAGAAUCAAGAAAUCGUUCUUGUCUCGAAGGGCCUAAAUCUCGUCGAGGCUGCUAUGUCUCGAGUUGAAAAAUAUUCCCUCGGACAACGCUCGCUCGAUUCAACAGUUCAUUCGAAAUUAUUUGCCUGUAUCACUCAAGUGAUGAUUUAUUGCGAAAUUGAGAAACAGCGACAAAAGGCGCUGGAGAUUUUUCGCAAUUAUAUUGAUUUGUUCGAGAUGCAAACGAGGUAUCAAGUUAUUUCACAACUCUUGAAAAUCACGAAUCAUUCGGGACUUUUGAGCAUUAUCACUGCCAUUGUCAAGGAUUCGGUGAUCAAAUGCCUCGAGGACAAUCCACCAAGUACCUAUUUUCUCGGGAGAAAAUUGCAAAAUUUACUCUCUCUGGUUUGCAGACUCGCUCAUGGGAGCACCACAGAUUUAAUUGAAAUUGCGGAGGAAAUUAUAGCUGCCUUAAAUUUGAUUAGAUUCCUCGCGAUCAGGGACAAGGAUAACCUGACGGGAUUUUGGGAUUACGCGGAAGAACUGGAGAGAAAUUAUCUGAAGAAUUUGAGAACUGGAAUUGAUUUGAGUCGGGCACAUUGGAAAUUGAAGGUGAAGGAUUUGCAGCUGGAGCUGGAGAUGUCCAGGAAAAUGAAGAAGAGAAUGGACAAUGGAGAUAAUGUUAUGAUUACUGUUGGUGGAGAGGAUUUGGGAAUGUUGCCUGUUUCGGAGAAAAUUCGGUUUUCAAAUCAGGCUUUGAAUGCCUUGGAUAUAAUGGAAAAUGUUUUGAUUAGAGUUAACGAAUGUUUCGAGGAUCGUCGUAUAAAGUCUGCUUAAGUAUUGUUUUGAAA